AUGUCCAAAGAAGAUUACCAGGUAGAUGAAGAUACGAAAGUCGGCCAUAGCCACGAUGGACAAGAGCUGAGAAAGAACUUCUCCGUCUUCUCCGUCCUUGGCAUCAGUUUUUCGCUGGCCAACUCUUGGUUCGGCAUCUCCACUGCUCUGGUCACUGGCAUCAACUCUGGUGGCCCGGUGCAACUUGUCUAUGGAAUCAUCAUCGUCACUGUGGUGUGUGCUGCAAUUGCCGUGUCGCUGUCCGAGCUGGCCUCGGCAAUGCCGGAUGCUGGUGGACAGUACUUCUGGACGAGCCAACUUGCCUCGAAGAAAUAUGCGAGGUUUGUGUCAUAUCUGACGGGAUGGAUCGCGUGGGCUGGUUCUCUCUUCACCUGUGCUAGUAUCGCACUCGGUGUUGGAAAUCUGAUUAUGGGUUGCAUCCAGAUGGCACAUCCUACAUUAGUCAUCAAGCCAUGGAUGAGCUUCGUUGCCUAUCAAGUUGUCAACAUCUUUUGCGCCAUCUUCAACAUCUCCAGUACUGCGCUCCCGACUGUUACAUUCUUCACGCUUUGGACCUCGAUUAUUUCUUUCCUCGUCAUCAUCUUGACCGUACCAUGCAAGGCCGAAACCCAUCAGUCCGCCAAGUUCGUCUUUGCCACUUUCGUCAACAACACUGGCUGGAAGAACAACGGAAUUGCUUACAUCGUCGGCCUCAUCAACUGCAACUGGGCGUUCAACGGUCUCGAUGCAGCCACGCACAUGGCUGAGGAGGUUCUUCACCCCGAGAGAGCUAUUCCAAUCGCCAUCAUCGGCACAGUCAUCGUUGGGUUCGUGACUGCCUGGCUCUUCGGCAUUGCCAUGAUGUUCAGCAUCAAGGACUUUGAUGCCGUCAGCUCGACACCAACCGGCGUCCCCAUCUUGGAGCUUUUUGACCAGGCCCUUAGCAACAAGGCCGGAGCCAUUGUGCUUUGCUCCUUGAUCGUGCUUACAGGAUGCGGAUGCCUUAUUGCCUCACACACCUGGCAAGCACGUCUCUGCUGGUCGUUUGCCCGUGAUGAUGGUCUACCUGGUUCAAAGUACCUGAGCCGCGUUCAUCCCAAGCUCCGCGUGCCAAUCUGGGCUCAUGUCAUUAGCUGCAUCAUUGUCAGCAUUUUGGGCUGCCUGUAUCUCGCUUCCAACACCGCAUUCAACAGCAUGGUCACUGCUUGCGUUGUGCUUCUUUAUGCCUCUUAUAGUAUCCCGGUUAUUUGCCUGCUUAUCAAGGGACGUUCGUCUAUUCGUCACGGACCAUUCUGGUUAGGGAAGGUUGGAAUGGUUUGCAACUAUAUUCUUCUUCUGUGGCUUGUCUUUACGCUUGUGAUGUACGCAUUACCACCAGUGAUGCCUGUCAAGGGAGACAACAUGAACUACGUCUCAGUUGUCUAUGUGAUCACAUUCAUAAUUUUGACUGCAUGGUGGUAUAUCAGGGCUAGAGUUGACUACCGCCCACUUUCUAACAGCGUUCAAUAG